AUGAUAUGCAGCUUCAUCAGCUCGGAGAUAAGCACCGUAGAUGGCGCCGGCGACGACACUGAAUUCGCAGUCUGCGGGCUCUUUCCGAGUCGUAGGACGGACCCAAGCUCUCGUACCCUCAUAUCUAACAGGGCACAUGAGACUUCGUCCUUUGCCGAGAGCUGCGCCUUGGCUAUCUGCGUUUCGGGGCUUACAUCGCUAGCGGACAGUAAAUCAAAUCAUAUUUAUCGACCUGUGGUUCUGGGGAUUAGACUUAAGUAUGGGUCUAAAGACGGAACCCGACUUGAGUUGGCAGAACCCUGGGAUCGGCGAUACAUCAACGUCAGCCUCCUUCGCAGCUGGCUGGCGAGCUGCCAAGAGUACCACGGUCCCAAAUGCAACGAGCCCUUGACAGAAUCAAAACUCCCUGCCGGGUUCCGCGUAAUAGACACCAAAUGUCGGCGGAUUGUCCAGCCAAAGACCCAGGUUGCCUUUGUGGCAUUGAGUUAUACGUGGCGGCUUGCAACUGCUUCAGCGGAUCGGGACCUUCAUUUGACGACGUCAAACGCAGAAAAGUUGAACCGGACUGAUUCUCUUGUGGCGGAUCUGCUGCCAGAAGUAGUUGGGGAUGCUAUCCACUUGUGCCGGAACAUGAGACAGCGAUACCUCUGGGUUGAUCGCUUGUGCAUCCUGCAGGACGAUGAGGAUCUCAAGAUGGCACAGAUCAACGCUAUGAACGACAUUUACCAACUCGCAGAAUUCACCAUUGUUGCAGCUGCGAAUGGUGUUGGUGUUGGGCUACCCGGUCUCACUACGCGGCCCAACAUUUCCACUCACAAGAACCAUUGCUGGCAAUUCAUUAAGCACGUGCCUAAAGCAGUCGAGGGUACGACAUCGGGCGAGAACUCUGCCAUGGAACAUGCCGUUGUCGGGAUAGCCCCCCUCAGCGAGAACCAGGUCAUCAGCUCCAGCGAGUGGAACUCGAGAGCAUGGACAUUUCAGGAGAAGCUGCUCUCCCGGCGGCACAUCUUCUUCAGCUCCGGGCACGUCUACUUCAGCUGCUUCCACGAGGGCUCUGAGCUUCAUAGAUACCCAGACAUCAGGCACUACCGACCACAGGAGGAACCAGAGACUGCCGGCGUCACAAGGACAAGUCAAGACCGGGGUGGAAGAGGUUUCGAAAAGGGCCUCCGAUCCGAUGAGUACAGCGAUGACGGGGUACUCGGAUUUUACCCGCUUCUAGUGGACCAGUAUACUAAACGAACACUCGGCCGUCGGGAAGACGUGCUGAGCGCCUUUGCUGGCGUCGGGAAUGUUGUCGCUGCUCGGGCCAGAACGCAGAUGCUGCUGGGACUUCCGGAGAGAUACCUGGCGCAUAGCCUCCUGUGGUCAUUUUGCUCUCCUCUGGGAGUUACAUAUCGCACGACUGAAGGGCUGAGACUUCCAUCUUGGACAUGGGCUACCCGAAAAGGCUCCGUCGUUUAUCAACGGUCUCUCGGGGGUCGAAUUGACGGCGACUGGUUGGACCCGAUGUAUCAGAUUCACUUUGGACAUCUCGUCUCCUUUUUCUACUGUGACCCGAUCUCUACUGGCCCCUCUAGGCUCAGAAACAUUUGUGAAGGCAAGGUUUGGUUUCCAGAAGAUCGAAUCGAUGGUUCUAUGCGGCAGGAAGACUUCCAGCGAGAUCUUGAAGCCUUCUUUCAACCCAGGGGAGAACUUUGCCAGGUCACUGAGUACAAGGAUCCUCGACAAGAGGCACCGUGGAUCUCCGUGGUUGACAUGUGGAAAAGGUCUCCGCAGAACCCUAUGACAGCCCGCCACCACAUCGAGCUUGAUGAUAAGACCAAAGCCAGGGCUGAAGAACACCCUCGCUGUCUCGUUUUCAACACCACAGUUGCCAGAGUCCGGAUAGGGUCAUAUCUUCGCGGCGAUGAUGACGGAAUUCAACUUACGAUCUACAACAAUGAUGGCACAAAGAUAGGAACCACUGCGCCUAUGCAUAGGCAGUGGGCUCUAAAAUGUCUGAGCAUGGGGUCGAGCCACUACAUGAUAGUUGUCGCCGCUGGCCUCAAGUUUCCUGAAACCUGGGAGCAUAAUGCUGUGUUUGCGGGAAGCCAAGGAUUUGGGUUCUAUGUGCUCAUUACAUCUCGCACGAGCGGGCUCUACUCGCGUCUUGGGAUUGGCUUUAUUUCCUUGGAUGGAUGGGCCUCUGUUGAACCCAACUGGGAGCCUGUUAUUCUAGUAUAG